ACUCACUGCGCAUGUACUUUCACUGCCCGCCUUGGGUUCGCAGAAGAACUCAUUCAGUUUUAGUCUUUAGUUUAUUAAUACUUCUGCCAUGUUGCGACGCAAAACCCAAAAAGAGAGCAUGAAGAAGUCAGUAUUCCUCACCCAUGAACAAUGGCAGUACACAGGAAAAUCUUAUAAACGAAUUGGCCAGCUUCCAUUUCACAUUUUGGCCAAGACCUCAAAGAUUGAAAAUGUUGCUGAAAUAAUAAGUGAGUUAGACACUUACAGUGUACAGAUUGGGUUUGAUACUACAGAUUGUGUACAAAAAUUGAAGAUGUUGUUAGGAAGGUUAAUGAAUUUUGAGCCAAGAAGAACACAUGAUGAAGGACCACAAGAUGAAGACCAGGAUAAAUUUGCUCAAAUGUUUUAUGAAUUGGGUGGAACAGAAGUAUUAGUGAGGUUGUUGAUGUUUGGGUCCCUUUUCCCCAAUCCUUACCGACCAAACAGAAUUAUAACAGAAUCUGAGAAAAUUUUACGUUUAAAAAGCCUUGUUUUAGAAGUUUUAACAAAAUUAACGUCCACGUCUGUUGGAGAGAAAGUUACAAGUGAAUUAAUGAAGAGUGAUGAUAUUAUGAAUUAUGUAUUUACACUAUUGGCUCAUCCUAAAACAUUUAUAAAUUCUUGUCAGUUAAUUGAAGAUAUGCUACAGUCAAAGAGAGAGGUGUUAGAUUUACAUAGAAUCAAUAACCUAAGAAGUUUGAUUUGUUGCCUUGAUGACACACAACUAGCCAACUUCUGCCGUAUUCUUGCUGUAGCUAUAUCAGAUCUCGACAUCUAUGAAAAUAAAUCUUCAUUAUUUGCCCAAAAUAAACAGAAACGAAGUCGGGGGUUUGUGAAUCUCAGAGAUAUCAACCAAGAACUUCUGCUUAGCAUUCCUGAAUUAUUGCCACGUUUAGUAAAGUUAGCCAUAUCCAAAGAUUAUACUCCCAGAUAUAGAGGUAUGGUCAGUGAAUUAGAUUGUUGGAUGGAAUGGAUUGAAAAUCAGAUGGCAGAAGAAUUGUAUGAAACACAAAUUCAAGAUGAUUUUGAAGAAUUUGUUGGGGGAAUCUCAGAACCUACUACAGAAAAUGGUCCUAUGGUACAACAACAGGGAUUAAAAAUGACAGAAGAAUUAGUACAAAGAGUGGAAGUGGUGUAUAUAUUGGGACUUUUUCUACUGGGUAAACAUCGGAAAAAAGUUCAAAGAAAGUUAGCUGAAUUAAAGUUAGCUGCUGGUUUAAGUGAUCUUUUUGAACAGUUUAUCUGGAAAUGUCAAGUUCGUCACAAUACACGUCAUAGAUUACGUGGUCACAAUGCUGCAUGUGAAUGUAGUCCAGAAGUGGCUUUAAAGAUUCAGUUUUUACGACUGGUCCAUAGUUUCUGUGAUCAUUCAGACUAUAAACAUUUAUUACUGUCCAAAAAUGAACUCAGCGAAGUCAAAAGAAUUAAUGCCAAAGCUGGUGAUUUGGCCCUUACCUCAUUAGAUAAUGUAAACAAACAGUUAAUGUGUCGGGGUAGUAAAGGUUUGUUAACGAAGAUUGUAGAAGUCAUGAAGAAAGAGCCCACAACAUCUACAUUCAGAUUCUGGCUGGCCAGAGCAGUAGAAAGUUAUUUACGUGGUGAUACAUCUUACUGUGAUCAGGUGUUUUUAAUGAGAAGGGGUUUACUUCAGCAUGUAGCCAGUAAUAUUGUUGAACAUGAAAUACGCCAUAAAGAGAUUUUACAGAGCAGUUUUGAUCUUCUUGGAGAACUGAUAAAAUUUAACAUUGAGGCCUUCAAAACAUUCGACAGCAUACUCAAUACACCAGCAAAGUUAGAUAAGUUUGUAGCAACUGUUAAUAGAAAUUUAGUGGAUUCUAAUAUGUUUAUUCGAAGCCUUAUUCUGUCUCUGGAACAUUUUACUAAUAAAGAAAAAUGUGAUGAAUCAUAUGCUGAAUAUGCCAAAAAAGAAAGCAAGUUGUUGAUGUAUAUAGGAGAUUUUGAUCGCCAGUUAGAUUAUUUAUAUAAACUAAUUAAAAUUAUUAGUGUUCAAAAUUUGACGCAGGAAAAUGUGAGUUGUCUGAAUACAACAUUAGUAUUUCUUAUGUUUGCAAAUCGUAAAACAGAAUUACCUAGUUACUUACAAGCUCUACGUGACGAAAGAGAAGAUAUGUUAGAUGUUAAUGGUUCUAGUUCCGUUAUGAGAAAUUUCAGAGAUUUAUUAGUAUUUUGGCAGGACCAUUACUUACAUAAAGACAAAGACUGCAGUGCCUUAGAAAAGAGUUCGCGUAUUAGUUUUUCAUAUUGGAAAAAGACUGUGACAACGCUAGUGUGCGAAGAUAAAACGGAACUUUCGGCUGUGAUAAGUUAUAUAGAUCCAUUACCUGGUGAUCGUACGAAUUAAUGUGGAAUGUGUUUUAUUUAUUUAUACUUUGUUAUCCUCGUUUCGCAGCUUUAGUGUGUUGAACGCCGAACUGAUAGCUGUUGUUAAAAUGCAAUAAGACAACCUGUGUGAACUAUUCUUCUGUUGAGACAGCAGAAACACUUGUCUUUCAUCAGCCAUAUUGAAUUUUUGACCAAGCAUGUUCUGCCAUGAAGCAUAUAAUUUGAUGCUCUGCUCAAAAUGACAGUAAAUAAAGAGACGUGAAAAAUGAUGACAGACGAAAGAUUUCCUAGAAAUCUAUCCCGAUGAUGAAUUUUUAUGAAUUCCAAAUGUUCGAAGACUUAAGAGACUAAUAGAGAUUGGGAGAGUUGUGUAUAUUAAGUGUACUAUAUAUUUCUUUGGCUACGAGUAUGACAUGGUGUAGCAAUUGUAAGUAUUGUAGACUAAAGACUUUUGUAUAUAAAACUGAAUUUAUAAUACCACAAGAAAUUGGAAAUACAGUUUAUAUGAUAUUCAAUGAAUUUUUAUAUGGAAUAUUUGUUUAUUUAUGAAUCAUUUUAGCCAGGGGUUUCAUUUGAAAAUUUCAAAUGUUUAAUAAUUUAAUAUAAAAUUUAUCAAAUUGUUUUCUUUCUUUUUUUUUUUUGUCUUGGUAGAGGUUAAUUCUAUUCCUUACUCAAGUAUUAAAUAUUUGUCUUGUAAUAUAUACAAUAUAUUUUCCUCAGUCACUCAUUAAUUGUACAGCAUCUCAAAAUUAACUUUUCAUACCUUCAGUCUGCAAUUAACCCCUCCCCAUGAUGCCAAACCUGCUUUUAUAAGUAAAAUAUUCUAUAAGUUAAUAGGUCGUCGUAAUGAAUAGAAAUGGUAUUAUAAAUAUAAACAGUUUGUCUUUUAUUCUCAUUUAUUAUAACAUGUAUAUCCUAUUUAUUGUUUUUUUUUUCAUGUGUUCAUGUCCUGUUUUUAAUCUUAAAUAUUAUUUAUAUUUGUGUCUUUAUCAGUUCUAAAGAAAAAAGUAGUGCUAUAAUUAUUGUCUGUUGUAAUUAUAUGUUGCUCUAGAUGGUGGAAACAUCCAAUAAGGACACAGAAUUUAUAUAUGACUAGUUUAUGCCAGUAGUUGCAUUCAUAAUAAAUGAAUCAAAAACUCAGUAGAAAAUAUAUUUUGUCAAUAUCAAAUAAUUUAUUCCUUUUAUCAGAUGAAAUUAAUUGUCUAUAAUCCUUUUGAAAUUUUAUUUCAAUAUCAAAUUUAAGACCCAUAUAAUUUUCUUUUUUGCCUUUCUUAACAAUGCAGUUUCUUAUUAUGUAGUGAAUCUGCUUUUUAUUUGAAUUAUUCCAUGCAGCAAUGCAAACAUUCUGUGAAUUCCUAUGCAGCUUUUUACUAUAGAAUCAUGAUUUUAAGGCCACUGUGGUUUUUAUACAGGAAUUAAAUCUGUUUGUCUACAAUAUUAUUAUAUUGUUUAAAUCAUAUGAUGUGUGAUUGUCUUGUGUAAAUGGAUUGUUGAUGUGUAUUGUCCACUUUUUGAAACCUCAGAUAUUUAACUGUUAUAAUUCCAUGUAUGGUUGUUUGAAAACUACAUUGGCCUUGUAUUAAAAUAAUAAUACAAAUUAAAUGGCUUUUUUUUUAUCACUGAUAGCCAUUGAUGUGUUUUUACCAUGGAAUGUUGAGAUUUUAAAAUGUUUUGUAUUUAUGUACUGUCCGUUUGUAUGGCUGUGGAAAGGUUUUAGCGGGUAUUGUUUUAUGCGUGUAGUUAUGAAAGUUUUCAUCCAUUCUGUACAUUCAACACUGUACUGUAUGUAAUAUUGUCAAAUAAAUUUUUAUCUGUAUUAA